GGUUUUGCAAUCAGAGAGAGAGACAGAGAGAGAAGAGUUUUUAUUUUAUUUUAGUAAGAGAGAGAAAUAAAAUUGGGUAGCGUUUUAAACAUCAACGGUUUUUUGGUGAAAGGAAAAUAUGGGAUAGAAAAUGAGAGAAAGAAAGUGUCGUGUAAGGGACAAGACGAUUGUGUUCUUCUUCUUCUAUGAUCUUUGCAUUUUCUUCUAAAUUUUCUCUCAGAAUCGUCUUCUUCCUGCAAAGGGAAAAAAAGGGGUCGACUUUGAACCGAAAAAAGAAGAGAAUUUUGGCUGUUCAAUAAGAGGGUUUUAUCGUUGGGGUUUGAAAGCUUGAGUGAUUGGGCAAAUUGUGCAUUUUUGAAAAUUUGAACCACAAAUGCUGUUACUCUGUACAUGAUGUGUCCUUGGUAUGAUCUCUGAGUAUGGUGUUGCAGAAGAGAUUAGAUUACGGAUUCAAUGGCUAUCAGGUUCCGCACAUGCCCCGAGCUACCAGAUCAGCUAGGAGGAGACGUUCCUUUAAGAAGAAACAUGAAGAGGAUCAGAUGUGUGCAUUUGACUUAUUGGCCAUUGUAGCUGGAAAGUUAUUGCUUGAUAAAGAAAGUGCUCCUAGUUCUAGUAAUACAUCAGCGGACAAAUAUCAGUGUGCAGUUGUUAAUAGUGCUGUAAAAUAUGAAUGGCAGGAUGAAGAAAAACCUUUGAAAGUAGAAGCCUGUGAUCAGGGAAGUGCUGCCAGGAAUUUCUUUGUUUCUGAUCUACCACAAGUUCAUGGACAAGGUUGCAGUUCCAAAGAAUCUCUUGUCACUCAGAAUAACCUCAAUUUAAGAUUAGCUUCUGCACUAACAAAGUCAGACUCUGCAGGGAGGUCCAGUGCUGAGAAGUUGAGAAAUGACAAAAGCAAGAAUGAUAUAGGUACUUUUGCCAGCAAAGUAGAGGGAGUUUCCUCUGAGUACGGAGAAUUUGGUGACUGUAAAUUAGAGGUUGAAACCAAAAGAGCAGUGAAAGAUGAGCCUGGUAAGUCUGGGGUGGUGCUAAGCAGCACUGCGGCUGACAUGUGCAGUUUAGAUGAUCCUGUGGUUCUGGAUGCAAAACCUCCUGCACUGGCCAGUUUGGACAGUUGCGCCAAGGUGCCUCUGUGUAGGAACCAUAUUCCCAAUAGUCCCAAUCUCACAGAUCGGGAUGAUGUAAAUGUAGUUAGUAGAGAUGAUGACGAUAACUACUCUGGGUGCACUCACCCUAUCACCAAAAAAAAAUUCUUUAGGCCAGCACCACGUAUCGGAGAUCGAAGAAUCAGGAAAAUUUUGGCUUCUAAAUACUGGAAAGUAGCUCCAAAAUUCAAGGAUGCUACAGUUUCUAACUCUUAUGGGGAUUUGAAGCCUGUUUUCCACAAGAGGAAGAACUAUUACAGACAACAAAGGUCUGAAAGGCUAUAUCCUUUCAAAAAAAGGAAGCACUAUGCCUAUAGCUCACCAUCAAAACUUGAUGGGGGACUAAGUUGCGAGUUUGUAUCUGAUUCACCUCGAAAGGGCAGCAAUGGAGAUGCUUCUGGUUCCUGUUCAAGGAUGCAUGGAGUGACUGGGGCAUCAUCUUCAUUUGUGGCUCAACACGCUUCAUUCCAACCCUGGGAUUCUCAUGGUAUGAGAACCUUUAAUGGAGGGGCAUCAUCUUCAUUUGUGGGUCAACGCUCUUCAUUCCAACCUAGGGAUUGUCAUGUGAAGCUCAGGAUCAAGUCUUUCAGGGUGCCAGAGCUUCUUGUUGAGAUUCCAGAAAGUUCAACUGUUGGCUUAUUGAAGAGGACGGUAAUGGAGGCUGUGACUGCUAUACUUGGUGGUGGUUUACGUGUUGGUGUACUUCUUCAAGGAAAGAAGGUUAGGGACGACAACAAAACUUUAUUGCAGACCGGGAUUUCUCACACUAACCAGUUGGAUUCUUUGGGUUUUUGCUUGGAGCCUAAUCCUUCACAAACCCCCCCUUCUUUGUGUCCUGAAGAUUCUCCCUUUCUACUUCAAUGUGACACACCAGACCCUUUAAGCAGGUGUCCUCCCACUGCUGGUGUGGUGUGUCAGGGCAUUUGUACUGGUUCUCCAGAGCCCCACCUGAACAAUUUAGGGAAAUGUAUUGAAAGUGACCGUGAUUCAGCAUCCUCUCCUACUGACACUUCAAUGGACCAAAGCACAAAUUCAAAAGCGCUAGUUGCAGUACCAGCUAUGAAAGUAGAGGCGCUAGCUGUGGUUCCAGCACACCAGAAAUCCAAACAAUCCGAGAUUGUGCAGCGCCGAAUUCGUCGACCUUUCUCCGUUGCUGAAGUUGAAGCAUUGGUUCAAGCAGUUGAGAAACUUGGAACUGGAAGGUGGCGUGAUGUUAAACUGCGAGCAUUUGAUAAUGCAAAGCAUCGGACAUAUGUGGAUUUGAAGGAUAAAUGGAAAACACUGGUGCACACGGCAAGAAUAUCCCCUCAGCAAAGGAGAGGAGAGCCUGUUCCCCAGGAGCUCUUAGACAGGGUCCUAACUGCCCAUGCUUACUGGUCCCAGCAGCAAGCCAACCAACAGUUCAAACACCAGCACGCAGAGACUUGCCUUCUCCUCUGAGAGCUCGCGGAACAUGUUGGAACGAAGCCUAGACUAGUGGAUUCAGAAGGAUUUCUAAUUUUUUUUUCUUUAUUAUGUGUAUUUUUGUGAUCAUUGUGUAAAAAGUUGAUGACAAGGGAGAAGUGUUGAAGCAAUCUAUGUAAUAUUCUUGUGCUCGCCGCCAUUCUUUCCCUGCUUGGGAAGUUUGGCCCUUGUAAAUGGUCAAUGGAAUAAGAGCUUCCUAACACAAAUCAUUUGGUAAAAGA